AUGGAGGUUUCUGGUGGAUUUGACCUUAAACCUGAGGCAGCCGUCGCCUUGUUGGAAUCGGUGGACUUGGGCGAGAGCUUGGCCACUUUGGGGGUGGACUCGGUCUCUGCCGCACCGCUGGCUGAUAGGUUGUCGCAAGACGUGUUGGGCGGCCAAGAGGAAGUUCCAUUGGAUGUUCUGCUUGCGGAUGGCAGCCUUUCUGAUCUCUGCGAAUACCUGGCUGAACGCCAGCAGCUGCUGCGCGCAGCCGCAAAACUACGCUGUGCAGCGCGUUCGGGUUUCACCUUCCAACGUUGCUGCAAGGAGGAAGCCGAGGGAUGUUGGGAUUCCUCCUUCACCUUUGAACGUUGCUGCAGUUUGACGCAGAAACGUGUUGCGGAUUUGGAGUUCCGACCCUCCACCGCCUCUCAUUAUGACUUGACGCACCUGCAUCGCGACAACCAGCCGCGACUGGGGCCCGUGCAGGACGACGAGGCCCUGCUGUUGUACGGCAUCGUCCGCACAGUCCGCCCCCGCACCAUCGUCGAGUUUGGGACCUCUCAUGGCUUCAGUGCACUAAACUGGCUGCAUGCUAUUGCAGAUGAUCCUGAUGCGCGGGUCUAUAGCUACGACAUCCUUCCAUACCCGGCCGCGCAGGCGUUAGAGGCCGACUUCGAGGCCGCGGACGUGGAGAAUCGCCUGGUGGAGCUGGCCUUCUUCGAUGCGGGGCAUCUGGUGGAGCCGCUGGGCUGCGGGGCUGGGGAUGGCUGGGGCCUGGGGGGCCUGAGAUUGCUGCCUUCCCUGACCAUGAAUGCCAUCAUUGCCGUGCAUGACACUGGCUUGCACGUUCGGGCCUCGGGGGAAUCGAAUGGUCCAUUGCCUCUGAUCAUCGUCGUUUGA